AUGGCCUUCGAUUCCAUUGCUAUGCGUAUGCUCGCUCUCUUGCUCUUCAUUCUCCUCUCGGGCUCCCGCCAACGCGUCCAGCUGUGGCCCUCACAGGGCGCGCUCGCUGGCUCUCACCUGACAGGUCCCUGGCCUCAGGACGACAGCCAGCACCAACACGUUCCCUACAUGAGGGACAAAGCGACGCAGACCCCCAGGGCCUGGGCAGAUGAGAGGAGGAGGGGCUCUCACAAACGCUCGGCCUCCUGUGGGAGCACCGACCAGCUCAAGGAGAUUGCCAAGUUGCGUCAGCAGCUUCAGCGCAGCAAACGCAGCAGCCGUCAUCGAAGGGAUAAAGAGCGCAAGUCCCCGUUCAAUGGCAGCCACACCAUCAUCCAGUCGCAGUCGCCGAUGCCUAAGACCAUUCUGAUACCCAUCCCUAUAUCCAAGUCAUCAGCUCCUCGUUUCCGCAACAGCGUGGAGGGCCUCAACCAGGAGAUCGAACGCAUCAUUAUCCGAGACACCCCCGAGAAGGACGAGACCAUCGUUCCACAGGAUGUCCCAGAUGGGCACCGCGCACCCCCGCCUGUCCCCCCACAGCGCAGCAGCAGCACCCGCAGCAUCGACACGCAGACACCCUCGGGGGGCGGCCUGAGCGGGAACCAUAGCAACUGCAGUAGCCGUCCUGACUCCAUCUCGCCCUCCUACCUCACCGUCCUCAACGACACGGGUGGAGGCAGCCCGUAUGAGGACAAAGAGCUGGGUCCCUGCUCCCCGCUGCCCAAAUACGCUGCCUCCCCCAGACCCAACAACAGCUACAUGUUCAAGAGGGAACCUCCAGAGGGCUGUGAGAAGGUCAAAGUGUUCGAGGAGUCCAUGCCCAAACCUCUGCAGGGGAUCCCUCCCUUCCUGUGUCCCGACCGCAACAAGGUCAACUUCAUCCCCAACAGCGGCUCUGCCUUCUGCCUUGUCAGCAUCCUCAAGCCCUUACUCCCCGCCCCGGACCUCAACUUUCGCCCCGGGGUGGGUCUGCGAAGCCUGUCCCCGUCCCUCGUGCCUCUGUCCACCCAGCCCUGCCUCCUGGAGGAGCCCGAGAGCUUCUGACGGAGCGUUUUGAGUCGCCACAAAACAAACAACCCCCGCCCAACACCCCACACCAACACCCCAACCCCCUCAGAAACGACCACCUACGAUAUCAGAAAAAAAACAUUUGAAACUAGGAAACAACCCUUCUGCUCCAAAAAAUGCCUUCAGCAUGCCAGCUAAGCUCUCUCUGAUGUCCUUAUCUUGUUGAAAAAGUGCUUCCCACUGCCUCUCCUCCUCAGACGACUACGACGUGAGAGUCCUGCAGCCCCCUGUGCGGGUGUUUUGCAGCUCACAUUUCAUCGCUUUCUUCUACCUUUAGUGCUGGUUAUGUUCCUGUUUUUUGGGAGGAAAAGGGUAAACGGACAGACUCUUUUAUUUCAUCGUAUUAUACCAUGGCGCCUUUCCACGGACAUAUCUCUUUUUCUAUCUGUAGUUCUUUCUCUUGAUAUAAAAUAUGCCUUCCAUUACAGAAAAAAAAAAAAAAGGCCGCUGGUUUCCUUGGCGUCCAAGAGAUCGGCUAAUUUUGGUGCUGCCAGAUAUAUCGUAGCAAAACCUGAAGGGCCGUGACGAGGAGAAGUUUUAAAAAAAAAAAAAAUGUGCCUGAUACUUUAGACCGCUCAGUUUCCCCCGAACCAGCUUAGUGCUCUGAUCACGUUUGGUCUUUGCACUUUGAUGGCCAUAGAUACACACAGAAGGGCAGGGCCGAGCUUCCAAAAUACAAGCAAGGUGGUGCAGAAUCCACCUGUGAACCAAAUCUCGACACCUGUUUUAUACUUUUAUCAGCCAUUUGCAGUGUAAACUGGUACAGGCUGAUGCCUUUGUUAUGCUAACUGGUAGCAGUGAACUGGGCCCCUGCUGGGCGGUGUGUAUCUAUGGGAAACCCCAGGCCAGGGCUAUGAUGUGUGCAGCGUGUUCAACCUGUGUCUGCUCGCCCCCCCCCCUCUCCUUCCCAAGCGCCAGCCUUGGCUCAGUGUCUUUUUUUUUUUUUUCUUGUCUUUUUUUUUUUUUUAAUUAAAUUUACUCCACCCCCAUCACAGCCACCCCUCUUCUGUUCCUCCCUUUUCCGCCCUCUUUCUCUCCUCUUUUCUUUCCCUCUCUGUCGCUGUAAUUGCCGAUUUCCUUCCUUCCAUCUUGCUGUGUCGUUGUGAAAUGUGUCCAGAGGGACGACCUCGCCCCCCCACCCUUUCUCUCCUGUGGCUUUGCUGGGGCCCUGAGCAUGGAGAGGUCGGUAAAAUACCAAGGGAGGCGAUCAAGUAAAAACACUCGGACUUAGAUUCACCAACUAUUAAUGUAGCAACAGCAACAAACUCUGAUUGGCUCGCAGAAGCAUGUGACAUCACUUCAAACCAGCAAAAAGAAAUAAGAAACAUAACAGUGUUGGUGAACAGCCUCUCCGUGCUCCGGCCCGUCCUCCUGUAUAUGUCAUUACUACUUGACUGUGCCUGCUACGGUGGGAUAGGAAUGUACUGGAUUUGUAAAUAUAGAGGCACACUGUGUUUGUAUUAUCAGCUGACAAAGAUAUGUAUCUGAAUGAGUCAAUAAUUGUCCCAUAUAAUAACCCCCCCUACCCCCACCCCCCACCCUCCUGUUCCCCUGCUGAGUACUGUGAAUUACUACGUCUCAUUAUUGUGAAUAAUUCUGUAUUUAUUUAUCAGACAGGAGUGUAAUUGGGUCUCCAGAGAAUUUUAAUCCAGAAUAGAUUACAUCGUCCAUCUCAGGUUGUAGCGACUAGGAUACAGAAAAAGAUAUACUGACUUCUCAGCGCACACUAACUUAAGUCUACACAACUAUAAGAGAGCAAACCAACAGCUGCUAUUGUAUGUAGCCUCACACGGUGGGAAUCCUGAAUGACGGAAACCUGUAGCAGAGUAGAGAAGACGCGUGGAUGUCUUUUUGUUCGGAGAGACCCGAUUUGAAGUAAACAGUUCCCGCGACGCGAAAGAGUUCAGUUCCACUUGCUGAGAAACAAUCACACCUACGGCGACGUGUUCUGAUUUGUCGUUUUUAGUACGUACGUUUACAACAACAACAACAACAACAAAAGAAUAAGAGCAGAUUCAUAUAUGUCAAGAUUUUAUUUUCAACUUUUUAUUUUAUUUUGUGGAUAAACAGCAUUUUGGAAUGAGGCUCAACAAGAAAACUCCACACGACGAUUCUUUGUUUGCUUGUCCAGUUUAUUGGAAACAGAACUGCCAAGUUUUCAUCUGUUAAACUCCUCCAGUGAAAUAAAAAGGCAUAGUUGAA